AAUGAGGCAAAUUGACAAGUACGGGUACUCUUUACAUCAUAUUAUUUUACGAAGUAUUUAUUUACGUAUUUUAGUCCAAUUCGGUUUGAUGAUUGAACACAUAGUUUUAAAAUUGGCAAAAUAAACUGCUAUUACGUCAGACUCAGUUUUACACUGUAUUUACGUGAAAAUUGAUUGAAAGUGCUUGUACUACGCCGAAAUAGAAUAAUUCGUCAGUGUUUUUAGUAUAUAUUAUCUAACAUUAAAAUCGCUUAAAAUGUUAUCGGAUAACGUGACACUGAUUGUGAAGGCCCCGAACCAACAAAUAGAGGACCAGAAUAUAGAAUGCCAAACAUCGUGGACAGUGAAACAAUUAAAAGGACAUUUAUCGGAAGUUUAUCCUAGUAAACCAAAAACAGACGAGCAGAAAAUUAUUUACUCCGGUCAAUUAUUAGAUGAUAAUACUGUACUAAAAGACGUUUUACGAUCUUAUGACAGUGGUAUUGUACAUACUAUGCACUUGGUCUGCAAGUCAUCGCGCAAUAUGACCAAGGUGAAGACCGAAAAGACCACGGAGACCGCGCCUACAGCGCCCUCUACCGACGGACGGCAGACCGAGACCACAUCAAGACCGGAGACCAGACAGAAUGAUCAGAAUCACAAUGUAGAAAUGCAGAAUUACAGGAAUUCUUUUGUUAACAAUUAUGGCAGGGUUCCACCUUACCCUAAUUAUAAUUUUGGUGAAGGAUAUUUACAAGGACCAAAUGAUGCUGCAAUGUUUGCAAAUCACAUGAUGAUGGUGCAGCAGGCUUAUUUGCAGUACAUGCAGCAAUAUGCUAACAUGCACCGAGUGGCGACGGAACAAGUCGAGGGGGGUGCGGCGGGUGUUGCGGGGCCUGUGGGGGGCGGUGCGGGCGGGGCGGAGGCUCGGCCGGCACAAGAGGCGGAGGCUGUGGUGGGCGGGGCGGGGGAGGAGGCGCCACGCGACUGGCUCGACCAGGUGUACGUGGCGUCACGUAUCGCCAUCCUGCUGUCGCUCGUGUGUCUGUACGGCAGCCCCGCGCGUCUGCUGCUCGUGCUACUGCUCGCUGUCACCGCCUAUCUGCACCAAAUAGGUUUCUUCCGCGUCCUCAACGUUCAACAAAACAAUGCAAACGCACCGAAUGCUAACACACAAACACCUACAGAGGAAACUGAACCCGACCGUCAACAACAAUCUUUACUCGCAUCCACUUGGAUCAUAAUCACAUCCUUCUUCGCCUCCCUCAUGCCAGAGACAAUAUAAAUUUAAAUUAUCGAUUCUAAUCGUAUUCGAUACAAACGAUAUUUCGAGCAACGAUUUGAUUUCGAU